CAAGCAACGAGGUCGGUGUAUUUCGCAGUAGGCCUAUCAGGAAGUUUUUUAUCAGUGUAUACGUGACUACUUCCAUGACGAGGUAGCCACGUUAGCUGGAAGGGGAAAUGCCGAAGAAGGAGGAUUCGGCAAAACCCUCCGGCCCUGAUCCGGGGGGCGAUGGGGAGACAGAAUUAAGAAAUCGAAAACAAGGUCGACAAAAACCUAAAGCAGAGCAGGCAGCAAAUAAAGACCAAACUGGACAAGACACGACAAGUCCACAAGAGUCACAAGCACCACCGCAACAGCAACCUCUGCCGCAACAAGUGCCAUACCAACAACCUGAUAUCAUUUACAUUCCUGCCAACAGGAUAAUAUUUGCCAUACCUAAGUGGAUAUGCUAUCCUGUCUUGGUGAUUUUAGCCAUUGGCUUCAUUGCCAUGGGUGGGUAUAUUGGAGACAGGGUAUGGAAGUAUUAUUACGGCAUUGUCCCAUGGGAUCCUGAAUCCGGACUGAAGAGCGUCAUUGGUGAGGCUGGGGUGGAUUUUUUCCGUCAGUAUGAUCGAGAUCUGGAUGGAAAACUAUCCCUGGAGGAAUAUGAAGCUAUGUACUACAGGCUGCUAGGAGAUGGUGUAAAUAUAACAGCAGUUCCAGAGUACACGCAGCUUAUUGAUGAAGAUGAUGAAGUUUUGACAGCCAGAGCCAGCUUUAAACCUCUUCUGUUAGAAACCAUGACAAAAGAUUUCAAUGAAUCAUUCUUGUCUGAUAAUAUGGAUUCCUUGAUCGGGUUAAAGAAAUGGACAACUUUGACCCAAGAAUGGAAUAAUUAUGGUGCUCGACACUUUAAAGAAGCCUUUUUCCCAGAUGACCCAAAACUGCUCAAUGAAGUUGGAGAAGUUUAUGACAUCUAUACCAUGGAUGAAGGAAUCUUUGCCAAAUUUGACAUGCAGAUGAAAUCCAGUAAUCGCUACAAUCCUCCUAAGGUGGAGGACAGACUAGUCCUCAUUCAUAGACUCUUAGCAAUGUUCCAUCCUCGUCCAUUCCUCAGAACAAGGUUUGCUCCUCAGGGAGCCAAAGCCACUGUGAGGGCAUUCAAUGACAAAUAUGUUGAAAUUGUAUUUAGGAUCCAUGCCGAGUUUCAACUCAAUGAGGCUCCAUAUUAUCCUUUUUGGUUCACACCAGCUCAGUUCAAGGGCAGUCUCAUAAUAUCUCGAGAUGGCUCACACAUUCAGUAUUUUCACAUGUAUGUUCCAACAGACAAACGUCUCAAUAUUGACAUGGAGUGGCUGAAUGGUCCAGAAACAGAUGAAAACAUGGAAGUAGAUAUUGGCUUCAUGCCUCAAAUGGAGAUAACAAUUUCUAGUCCAUCUAAGAAAGUCCCCAAGGAGGACCAAGGGAAAGAACUGCCUGAGGAUAAAAACAUGGCUAAAACUGUCCAGAAUAUGAAGUGGACAAAGGAAAUAUCCAUGUAUGAUGCUGAGAGGAAUCUAGAAAUAGCUUUUUAUCCUUUCAAAAAGAUUGUGUACCACAACUUCACAGAUGCAUUUGAAAUAGCCAAAAAAGAAAAUCGUCUGGUUCACCACAUUUUACUUUGGGGUGCGCUGGACGAUCAGAGCUGCUGAGGUUCCGGGCGUACUCUGAGGGAAACGGCCCUCGAGAGUACGCCCAUCCUGGCUCUCCUCAAUGAGAGCUUUGUCAGCAGCUGGUCACUCGUGGCUGAUUUGAAGGAACUUGAGAAAGAUCCUCAUCAACCUGAGUACAGCAAGAUCGCCAGUCAUUUCUUGGAGAACUACAAGUUCCCAGUCAUGAUGAUGGUGGCAUUACCAAAUGGCACCAUUCUUCACAAGGUCAAUGCCAAUGAGUUCAUGGAUGAAGGGGCGGACGGUGAAACUGAACCCUCCCUCUUCAGUACUCUAACAGGGACAUUUGGGGAAUUCAUCGAAAAAGUCAAUCCCAAACCCAAGAAAAUUACAGCUUCUAAUAGGCUAGGAGGACCUCAAGGGGACACGAUGUGCCCCCGCCUAAAACAAGAUAUGGAAAAAUUUAAAGCAGAUGGAUUUAAUGGUCCACAAGAAUACCACUACAUGAAAUUCCUACAGCAUGCCAUACAGAAAUCAGCUCCUUUCAUGCCUGAUGCAUUUUUUAGAACUGUGUAAAAAUUAACACUCACCCCCUAUUUUCAACAUUGUCCAUUUUUGUUGCAGAUUUGAGGAUUCACAUACCUAUUACUACCAUGUUUUUCUGAAGGAGGGAAUUAAAAGGUCAAAAGAAUACCAACCAUCUACAUAAACAGAAAUUCAGCUUCUAUUUACAAAUCACUGGAACUUUAUAAAUUUAAAUGUUUUACUAUAAGUUUAUUGUAUCUGGUUCUAGAUUGUUCUAAUCCAUGCAAGUUUAAAUCUGCAAAGAAAUCCAAUAUUAUGGACAAUUGCCAAAUUCAUUUAUUAUAUCUAUUUAUGUAUUAAGAUUUUAUAAGUAUUUGAAGUCCUUGUAAUGUAAAUAAUUGUAUGAGUCUUCUACAAUCAGGGUAUUGAACACACAAUACCAGGUAUUUAAUAUUAUAGUAAAUUAUAUUUCUAUUAGCAAUAAUGGAUCUCGUCUCUCGCUGUUACUGUUUUGGGGGGGACUUUUUAUCAAUUUAUGACUUUUUAUUAUAACUUUUAUGCUUUUUUCUCUUUGCAUAAUUUUGUUCUUUGUUUAUAUAUCUCAUUCAUAUUAUUCUGUGAAUUUUAUGAUUCUGAUGAUUUUUCAUCCAAUGAAAUAGAUAUUUUGGCAUAUUACAGUCACACCUGCAUCCAUAUCCUUGGAUAAUUUAUUGAACAUAUGUUGUAUUUAAAAACCUAACAAUUAUCAGCAACCUUUAAGAUAUUUAUAUAUAUCAAAACUUUAGAAAGUCACAAGCAAACAAAUCAAAAUAUCAGUUUCAUUUUUAUCAUAGUAAAAAAUGAUUUACCAAGACAGUUUUUACUUUAAUUUAUGAAGAAUGUUUCAUGUACAUUUAUAUUAUAAUUGACUAUCAGUUUUCUGUCCAUUGAUGACUUGAACUGUUUUUAUCUGUAAUGAAGGCUUUGUCUAAAAGUUUUUUUAAACUUGACAUGGCUGGAGGAAUAAUAAUGGGCAGACAACUCAUCACUGACAGAAAAAAUAAUAGUCAAUCCAUAUUAAUGUGUAUGUACCUGAUAGCAGUCUUCAUAACAAUGCUCUUAGUAUUAUUGUAGAUAUGCUGUGUGAUUUUGUAACCAGGAUGAUCAGUCUGUGAUUAUACUUUCUUUACUGCUUUAUUUCUUGUAAUAAAGAUUUUAAAAAUCA